AACCCACUGUUUCCCCUUCACGUCUCUUGCUUUGUCAUCAUUUGGCUUGUACUUUCUACCCUAUUCAAGCUGUAAUGGCAGAGAACAUUGGGUCUAAAUAACCAAGCAAAGUUCAUGUACUGAAGAGUAAUGGACUUGUGCUGAGUUUCUUGGUUAUAAUUAACUGAUGAGGCCUUACUGCUUAAGUAGUCUGUAGUUUUAGUCCACAUUAUUUUCCCACCCUGAAGCCAGAAAUGAUGAUCUACGUUUCUCUUGCCUUUAUAAGGACAUAACUUGAAAUAAAACCCUAAAGAACAUGACUUUGCUAGAAACUGUAUAGGGUGGCAGAGGGGCUCAACUCUCUUCCCAUGUGAAAACCGGAUGUCUUUAGUCUACAAGACUAAAAUGCAUUUGAGUUUGGAAGUCUUAAGUUUUAACGUGCAAGGAACCACAAAAAGCCUUAGCUUUUACAAUAGUUAUUGCCUAAAUAUUAAACAUGACACUUUUCUUCCCUUGUAUCUGUAUCCUGAUGUAGGUGUUCUUAUUAAGUACAGUAGAACCUCAGUUACGAACUGACCAGUCAGUCGCACACCUCAUUUGGAAACGGAAGUACGCAAUCGCAGCAGACACCAAAAAAGCAAAUACUGUACAGUACGGUGUUAAACAUAAACUAAAAAAAUUAAGGGAAAUCAGCUUUUUUCUUCUGCAUAGUAAAGUUUCAAAGCUGUACUAAGUCAAUGUUCAAUUGUAAACUUUUGAAGAAACAAACAAUGUUUUGUUCAGAGUUAUGAACACAACCUGCAUUCCGGAGGUGUUCAUAACACAGGUUCUACUGCUAGUGCUUCCUAAAACUAGAGAUCCUAAACACUGCAGCACUAAGGUUACAAAACUCUAAAUGCUGGCUCAUUCUGGACGAAUACUUUAUCAAUAAGGUAUUGUCAUUUCACUGUCUAGAGCACUGAAUGGUUCAGAAUUCAAAUGCAGCAUUACGUAGCAUGUUGUGAAAAUCAGACAUUGGGCCAAAAGACCCUUUCUUUAGUGUUUAAGACUGAUAUGCCCUAGUCACAUAUUCAGGGAUUCCUUGUAAACUGAUUUCAAGUUACUUUCAGCUUACCUAAGCUAAGCUGAGUACAACUGCCUCACAUUUCUCUGUGGUAACUGUCCUCUAAAGUAACCUAUAUAGUUUGGUGACAAACAGUGGACAGUGACUAACCACAGAUUAUAUUCAGCAAGAAAACACUUCUUGUGCCAGUCAGCCAGCCUGCCUGGACUCUAGGGGGAGAUAACAACAUCCUUUAUAUGUGAGUGACUCAUCCCUUCUUGCAGACUGAAUCUCUCAAGGUACAGCUUAAUGCCUCCAAUGCCCACUCAUGCUUUAAAAUUAAUCACGAAGACUUUCUUUAGUAAAGACCAGUAAUUAGCUGGGUCAAAUGGGAAGAAACCUAUAUCUAAACUAGGGAAAUCUCAAAGCCAUUUGAUUCUUAGCAGGGGCUGCUCCUGACUGUUCUUGGAAGCCUUGUAUACUGAUAGCACUUAAAUUGUUUGUUUCUAAGUUCUGGUCCACUCACUGUAUAUUCUAAGUGUGUGCCUGUUCCAAAACGGAAUGCUCUUGGUACAAUAUAUUAAUACUUUUUCUCUUAAUUGCAGGAUGAAGACACUGUUUGAGGAGAUCAAAGCAUCAAUUAAAAAUAAUUAUGAUCCAGACCGCUCAUUUUGGAGGCCUGUGCUCCCUUGGGGAGGGGUUUUUACUAUCAAAGCUGGCCGGAAAGCUGUAUCUUGCACACCACUUUAUGUUGAAAUAAAUCUGAAAAAUACUUGCACUAUCGAUGGAUUCUUGAUGUUGUUGUAUGUCAUUCUGCAUGAAAAUGAACACUUCCCCAAGGAGCUCUCCCUUCAUUUAGGUAGAGAGUUUGUCGACUACUUUCUUUACUUAAUGGACUCCUAUAAUUUUACAACAGUGAAGCUGCUUUGGAUUUGGGACAAGAUGGAGAAGCAACAGUACAAAUCUGAAGUUCACAAAGCUUCACUGGAAAUCGAUUUAUUUGGAAAUGAGCAUGAUAACUUUACAAAGAAUCUAGAAAGUCUCAUGUCUACCAUUCAAGAGAGCUACUGUUCAAAUUCGAGGUGUCCAACUCGUAUGCAGGAAGAUCUGCAUAGAACAAUUAACAUAAAUCCUCCCCAAGAAAUUCCUCAUGGAGACUUGAUUCAGCGGGCAGUAGAUGAAUUAUUCUGUUCCAGGAUUGAGCUGUGUGACCAGUAUGGAUGUAAUGGGUUAAGAGAAUUCACCCAGAGAGUUUUCUGCCAUGGGGCACCGCCUUUUGUUGUUUUAAAUAUGCAGCAAUGGAAGCCAGAAGAACUGGCAUAUGUACCAUAUCAUUUGGAUUUAUCUGAUCACAAGUACUUAUUGGAAGGUGCCACGUGGUUUAAUAAAGAGGAGCAUCAUUAUUCUGCAGCUUUCCAGAUUGAUGGGUAUUGGAUACACUACGAUGGCCUCAGAAAUGUCAACUUAAUUUUGUUAAAUAAACCCCCAGAAUUUCUUCUUUUGUCAUCUCUAGUUUAUAUUAGAGCAGCAGAGAAUAAAUAACAUAUCUAGACUAUGGAUACAAGUUAAAUCACGUUCCUUUCUCUGCCACCAAUGCUGGCCCAUCCCAAAUGGAGGUCUAUAUUUUAUGUAUACUUGGUAUCCAAGAAAAGAGUAGAACUACAGUAGUUCUGGUAUCAUAUCAUCCAGUGCUUACUAUAGGUAAAAGUUUGAAAUGGGAAACACUAUGCAAUUUUUUAAAAAACAUUUAUUGAGCUAUUUUUAUACAGGCAAAUUUUUAUGCUACAAUAAAAAAGCAAAAAAA